AUGAGCGAUGACUGGGAAGAGUGCGACGAGGGUCGAAGCUUCGACCAGCCAGACUUCAAUGAAGUGAGCGAAAGCAACGGCAACGGGUUCGGUGAUACCAACAACGGUUUUGAUGACUACGAAGCGAAGAACGGCUUCAAUGACGAUAAUAACGGAUACAACGCUACUGACGAUGGAGGUUAUGGUGGAUAUUCUGGUGGUCGUGGAGGCCGUGGAGGACGGGGCGGUGGUCGCGGCCGUGACCGAGGAGGACGCAAUGGUGGUGGGGGUUUCGGAGGCGAAAGAAACGGAAACUUCCGUGAUCGUAACGGUGACAGUCGGCCUCCGUACUCCGGCAACAACGAUCCCAGCAUGGACGAAGUAAAGUCGGACAAACCGAGAAGUCUGUAUAUUCCACCGCUACCGACCGAAGACGAAUCAUUGAUCUUUGGUUCUGGUAUUAGUUCCGGUAUAAAUUUCGAAAAAUUCGACGACAUCGAGGUGCGUGUAUCGGGUGAGAAUCCACCAAAUCCGGUGGACAACUUUGAAAACUCGGGACUGCGCGAGGAGGUCAUGACAAAUGUCCGCAAGUCAAAGUACACGAAACCGACGCCCAUCCAGCGUUACGCCAUCCCGAUUAUCCUGAACGGGCGCGAUCUUAUGGCAUGCGCACAGACUGGCUCGGGCAAGACAGCGGCAUUUAUGUUGCCCAUGAUCAACAAUUUGUUGGAUAUGGAAGACGGACUGGAGUUGCGCACGCGCAAUCCAUACAUCGUAAUAGUGGCACCGACACGCGAGCUGGCAAUCCAAAUUCACGAUGAGGGGCGUAAAUUUGCGCAUGGCACAAAGCUGAAGGUGUGCGUAUCGUACGGUGGUACCGCCGUACAUCACCAGUUGCAACUAAUGCGUGGCGGUUGCCACAUCUUGGUGGGAACGCCAGGUCGAUUGCUGGACUUUAUCGACCGUGGUUAUCUGACGUUGGAGAACGUCAAAUUCGUUGUCCUAGAUGAAGCGGAUCGGAUGCUUGACAUGGGCUUUUUGCCCUCGAUCGAGAAAAUGAUGGGGCACGAAACAAUGGCCACAAAGGAAAAUCGCCAAACGCUGAUGUUUUCAGCAACGUUUCCCUCGGAAAUUCAGGAAUUGGCGGGCAAAUUUCUCAACAAUUACAUCUGCGUGUUCGUCGGCAUCGUGGGUGGUGCUUGUGCCGAUGUGGAUCAAACCAUCCAUCUGGUGGAAAAGUUCAAGAAGCGCAAGAAGCUAGAAGAGAUUCUGAACGAGGGCAACCCAAAGGGAACGCUCGUGUUCGUGGAGACAAAGCGCAAUGCAGACUAUCUGGCCUCCCUCAUGUCAGAAACUCAGUUCCCGACCACAUCCAUCCACGGGGACCGAUUGCAGCGUGAGCGCGAAAUGGCACUGGAUGAUUUCAAAUUCGGCCGAAUGGAUGUGUUGAUCGCGACGUCGGUAGCGGCCCGAGGGCUGGAUAUUAAGAAUGUGUCCCACGUGAUUAAUUAUGAUUUGCCAAAGAGCAUUGACGAUUACGUGCACCGCAUCGGUCGAACUGGGCGCGUCGGAAAUAAGGGACGUGCAACCAGCUUCUACGACCCGGAGGCAGACCGGGCCAUGGCGAGCGAUCUGGUGAAGAUCCUGACUCAGGCUGGGCAAUCAGUGCCCGAUUUCCUAAAGGAUGCUGGCGGUGCUAGCACCUACAUGGGAUCAUCUCAGUUCGGCGGCAAGGACAUCCGUGACUCUCACGGUUCCCGUGUAGAUGCCCAGCCGACCGCACUUGAGCCUGAGGAGGCCUGGGACUAA